GUUCCUGCUGUUACAUUGGGGAGGCUAAAUAAAUGCUCUGAGCUUCCCAUGAUAACAGCAGCUUCAGGUGACAAAGCAAAUAAAUCCAGAUACGGAAAAGUGGAGCAAAGUCAAAAUGGGUGAAAAGCACAACAAUUUACCACGCUCAGAUCUCUCUGUGUCUGGCAGCAGAACGUGGGAACAAUACAGAGGUUGUUCUUAUCUGGAUGCUCCAUAUUCUGCAGUCUCUCUAGAGAAGCCACAUUUCAAAUUCCCGUGUAAUCAGCACAUUAGUGGAACACCUGUCACCACUCUUUCAAAUAAGCCUCCAGUACGAAGGAUAAUGGUUGACCUUCGACCUGUCUUGGAGCAGGUCAUGGAAUCAAGUGAUGAAGAGGAGGACAGUUCAGACUGUAGAAACAAGUGUAUUUACCAUUUGAGGGAUGAAAGCUUUCAGUCACAAAGAGAGGAAAACAAAUUCAGAGUAUCUGUACCUCUGAACAAAAACAAAGGCAUAAGGGAAGUGAAUGUAUAUCUCCCACCUUUACCCCAGAGCCAAGCGGAGUCAAGGACAGAACUAGAGGAACAAAGGAGAGUGACUUUGGUGGCAGUCAGGCAUGAUGGAGCCCUAACUUGUCAUUCCAAGCCCAAACCCACAUACCCACUUCCAGACUGUUUUCCCAGAGUCAUUUUAAAUCAAGAACCAGCCCAGAAAACCCUUGAAAAGGAGAGGCUAUUUAGAAAUGUAGGUGCCAUGCAUUUGUGUCCUUUAGUCAUUGAGUAAGAGAUAUUGGAGAACAUAAGUAGCUACAAUAAAUAAAAACCAUCUACUUUACACAACCA